GAGCAAGACCACAAAGAAAUCGCGGAUUGGGAUGUCUGGUGGCUGUGUCAUACGUUCUUAGCAGGGAUCGCGGUUUCCCCAUAUGACUCUUGGGAGCAAUCGCACGAGCUGCAGGAGGCCAAGCAGUACGCCACGUCGAUCGAGAAGUGUCUUUGCCUCAAGCGUGCAGGAUACUGCGAGCUAGGACAUGCUAUGAAAAAGGAUGGACUGUUCUGCAAUGCGAGAUCCAAAUGCUGUUGUCGCCAUGGACAGAAUCAGUGUUUCCUUGAGAGGAAGAGCCUGUGGGCAAGACCUGGAG